AUGAAAUUGGCAUUUAUAUUACCUGGUGUAGCCAUAGUGGUUAAACUUGAGGCCAUUGGCACUUCAGAUAGCUGUCAGGAUCGGAGUGAAGCUGGUCUGAUAAAACGUUUUAAAGGAGAUGGAUUCCGGUACAGGGCAAAGCUAAUUGGUGUGGAUGAGGUUUCAGCUGCAAGGGGAGAUAAGCUCUGUCAAGAUUCAAUGAUGAAACUAAAGGGAAUUGCAGCUGCAGCACGCUCGAAAGGAGAACACAAACAAAGAAUCUUUCUGACCAUUUCAUUUGGAGGCAUAAAAAUCUUUGAUGAAAAGACAGGUGCUAUGCAGCAUCACCAUGCAGUUCAUGAAGUAUCAUACAUUGCUAAGGAUAUCACCGACCACCGCGCCUUUGGCUAUAUAUGUGGCAAAGAAGGAAAUCAUCGGUUUGUAGCAAUAAAGACAUCCCAGGCAGCUGAACCUGUAAUUCUUGAUCUACGAGAUCUCUUCCAACUCAUCUAUGAACUGAAACUUCGAGAAGAGAAGGAAAAAUUAGCUCAAAAGGACAAACAAUGUGAACAGGCAGUCUAUCAGACAAUUUUGGAGGAAGAUGUAGAGGAUCCUGUCUAUCAGUACAUUGUAUUUGAAGCUGGACAUGAACCAAUCCGUGAAACAGAGGAGAGCAUUUACCAGGUGCCCACCAGCCAUCAGAAGGAAGGUGUCUAUGAUGUGCCAAAAAGCCAACCAGUGAGUCAAACCAUUAAUCAACUGGACCUCUUUGGUGAUAUGUCGACUCCCCCUGAUAUCACAUCUCCUGGGACCCCAGCAUCACCAGCUAAUGCCCUUGGACCUGAUGCAUUUGCCUCUGGAGUUCUAAGUGCUCAGCCACCUGGGAGACCCGAUUUGUUUGGAAAUGUUCCAUUCAAUGCUGCUGCUGUCCCCACAGGAUAUGUCACAAUGGGAGCUGUACCACCUGCAGUCUGGGCACAGCAAUCGGGUGCCCAAAACAUCAUCAAUCCUUUGUUAGCUGGAGUCCAGCCUACAGCGUGGGGCCAGCCAACCCUAUUUGCUGUGCAGCAGCAGUGGGCCCCUGUUGGAAGCCCAUUUCAGCCCACUGUCUUCAUGUCAGCACAAACUCCAAUGCCACUACAAACUGCCAUGUUCAAAGCAGCCUUAUCUGCUGGUCAACCCACGAUUGCCAGCCAUCAAGAAGAGAAGUCAAAACAGAAAAUGGGCAAGGAGAUGUUUAAAGAGUUCCAGAUGGCCAAACCCCCAGCAGUUCCAUCGAGAAAAAAUGAGCAACCUUCUCUCUCCUGCACCUCAGAUGCCUUCACAAGCUACUUUAACAAAGUGGGAUUGGCACAGGAGAUAGAUGAUGCAGAUGACUUUGAUAUUUCUCAGUUAAAUCUUACCCCAGCAACUUCCAACUCCACACCAUCAUCAAACAAUUCACCUCCAACUUCAUCUCCACGUCAGCACACACCCACUGAAUCCCCACGCCACCAUACACCUGGGGCAUCUCCUCGGCAGAGUACACCUGUGGCAUCCCCCCUUCAGACCUCUCCCACUUCAUGCUGCCAUCAGAAUACACCAUCAACGUCACCUACCUUGCACCCCGAUGGAACUGCCCCUGAUGACCAAGUGGAGGCUGAGUCAGAUAACCUGAGCAGCAGCACAGUGCAAGUGGCUCUUGUUAGUUCUGAAGCACCUUCAAACACUGAUGCAGUCGCUGAUUCGCUUGGUGAUUCUUUCACCCCACAGUUCAGGUUCUUUCCUUCUAAUGUUCAUUUGAUCAGCCCUGAAAAUCGAAAGAAAGAGCUCAUCGUUAACUGCACAGAGGUAUUUGGGGAAUUAACUAAUGGAUCUAACGAAGUAAAUUUUAACAAGUUGGGAAGACAAUGGAAAAGGUCGUUAAGGAAUCCAUCGCAGCCAAUUGAUUGUACUCUUUCAGUUUGGUCCUCAUGGAGCACUUGCAAUCUUUGCCAGAAAAAGCAGUACAGGUAUGCAAGACUUGAGGUGCCCUCUCAGUUUGGUGGUGCAUCAUGUGAUUCUGCCGACAGGGAAGAGAAGGCCUGCAGAGGCACUUGCAGAUCCAUAAACCUGUGUGAGGGCUUCGUAUGUGCUGAAACAGGUCGAUGCAUUCCUCGUAGGCUCCUCUGUAAUGGAGAUGAUGAUUGUGGAGAUCAGUCUGAUGAGAAAGGAUGCCGAAGAGUUAGCAGUGCAUGCACCAGGGAGACCGAACCAUAUUGGGCUGUGCAACAUAUUGGAAGUGGAUAUAAUAUUUUAACUGAGACUUUGGAGGGAUCUGUUCUAGAUAACAGAUACUAUGGAGGCAGCUGUGCACCAUAUUAUAUGAAUAACAUAAGAUUCAGAAAACCAUACAAUUUAGAACUCUACAGCCCUGAGACAGAAGGAAAAUUUGAACUGUCCUUAGAUGAAUAUACAUCUUUCUCAAAUUUUACCUACAACAGAUUUGAAGCAAAGAAAAAGAAGACCAACUUUGGUUUAGGAAUCAACAUUCCAACAUAUUUUGAAAUUGGAAUUAGUUAUAGUAGUAAUAAUUUCAAGAAAAUGAUGCAAAAUACCCUCAAAUACUCUGGAACAGUAAAAAAAACAAUUAUUCCAUACACAAUUCUCGCUCAAGUGGCUCGGUUCAAGGUAAAACCCAGGGACUUGAUGCUCCAUUAUGAUUUUUUUCAAAGAGUUAAACAGCUGCCAACAGCUUACAAUUAUGGAGAAUACAGGGAAAUCUUUAAGGACUAUGGAACUCAUUACAUGAGUGAAGGCAUACUUGGUGGAACAUAUGAAUAUAUUUGGGCAGUUGAUGCAAAGCAAUUGGAGAAAAAUGGUUACACAUUGAAUGAUGUAAAGGACUGUGCAAAGGCAGGCUUUAAUAUAGGAGCCAAUAUUAAAGGAGUCUGGGUUGGAUUUGGAAUUGAUGGUGCAGGUUGUGAUGGUCUUCUGAAUGUAAAAGGAGAGAUCAGGCAGAGGGGAUUACAAAUCAAAAUACACGAAGACUUCAUAAUACUUGUGCGAGGAGGAGCAAGUGAGCAUGUGACAGCUCUUGCUCACAAAGAGCUUCCAACUGUGGAGCUGAUGCAGGAAUGGGGCGAUGCGGUUGAGUACAAUCCAGAAGUCAUUAAGUUUAAGCCAGCACCACUUUAUGAUCUAGUCACCUCAAGCACAUUUCAGAAUGCUAACAGAAUCAAAGCCAACAUGAGGCGAGCCCUGGAUGAGUACCUGAUCGAAUCCAGUUCCUGUCGAUGUGCUCCAUGUCACAACAAUGGAGUCGUUAUUCUUAAAGGAACCCAGUGUGUAUGCAUAUGCCCUGCUGGUUUCCGUGGAGCUGCCUGCGAGAUUACCGCCAGGGAGAAUGUGGCUGUUGGUGGCAAGUGGAGCUGUUGGUCUCCCUGGUCGAUGUGUGAACAGACAAAGAAAAGGACCCGGCAAUGCAAUAAUCCUCCCCCAGAAAAUGGUGGCCAAACAUGCUUAGGGGACAAUGAGCACAUAAUGUCAUGUUAAUAAAGAAAUGGCAGUCUGUUUUGGCCUUGUUUUGAACUUCAGAUCUGUGUUCAAAAAUUACUUUCGCUGAUCUAUAAUUUUGCAUCAAGAGAGCAGAUUGCUUUAAUUCAGUAUUUACAGAACCUGUUAAAUUACAUGAAUAAAACUGGUUAAUUGAAGUAAAUUGUAAUGGCUUUUACAAGACAGUUAAGCAAAAGUUAGUUCAUUUCUAAAAAUAAAUGGCUUUCUUGCUCUUUUAUGAAUGUUUAUAUUUACAUACACUGGCUGAUUAAGCCAUGAUUUUAACUCAGUGAAUUCAAGUCAGGAGCUGUUAAAGUGUAUUAUAUAUCCAACUGGAAGAUUCAACUGAGUAACCACCAAAUGUUCGAUAGGUAUACACAGGAGCAACAGCCAAUAAUGUAAGGAAAAAUAAUAAAAUGAUGUAAACUUUG